AUGGGGAACUGCCUCAAUACCUCCACCUCCGCUGACAUCUCUGAGAGUGAGUCUCCGUCCAGUGAGCUUUCAUCGGAGACGAUCCCAAGCCUGGACGAGAAUCUCCUGAGAGACCUGCCAGCAGCCCCCCAGAGUAUGACAGAAUUCGAUAUAGCCCAACGAUUCAGGUGCCCGCACUGUUUUCCUGUUAGCGAAUACGUGUCUGGAGAAGCUGCAGCGGGAAAGACCAAGGACUGUGCCAUUUGCUUGCUGGACUUCGUGGAUGGAGACCGCAUUCGGGCUCUGCCCUGCAAACAUGUCUUCCACCUGGACUGCAUCGGGAAAUGGCUGAUGACAUCCUUCACGUGUCCCUGCUGCAGGCUGUCUGUGUAG